GAAUUACAUGUGUUUGUUCUUCUGUUCCUAUAAACGAUCUGAAUUCAGGGCGGUUAAUCGUAAUGCCAGACAAACGUGGUUUGGCUGUCCAGAAUGUAGAAGAACUGGAUGUUUCAAAACUAACUGCUCUAUCUCCCGAGGUCAUCAGUCGCCAGGCUACCAUCAACAUCGGUACUAUAGGCCAUGUCGCCCACGGAAAGACAACAGUUGUUCGUGCAAUUUCCACAGUGCACACCAUUAGACACAAAAAUGAGUUGAUCAGGAACAUCACAAUAAAGCUGGGAUAUGCUAAUGCUAAGAUAUACAAAUGCAAUAGUGAAGCAUGCAUACGCCCUGCUUGUUAUCGGUCAUUCGGAAGUGCGACAGAUGAUUCCCUUCCCUGUCCUAGACCGGGAUGUGAUGGAACACUAACAUUGCUGAGGCAUGUUUCGUUUGUGGAUUGUCCAGGUCAUGAUAUUUUAAUGGCAACUAUGUUAAACGGUGCUGCUGUUAUGGAUGCAGCAUUAUUGUUGAUAGCCAGCAAUGAGACAUGCCCCCAGCCCCAAACAAGUGAGCAUCUCGCUGCUGUAGAGAUCAUGCAGUUGAAAUACAUAAUUAUUCUUCAAAAUAAGAUUGACUUAAUCAAGGAAAGUCAGGCUCGCGAACAAUAUUCACAGAUUUUACGUUUUAUCCAGGGUACUGUUGCUCAAGGAGCUCCAGUUGUACCUAUCUCAGCACAAUUGAAGUAUAAUAUUGAUGUUGUUUGUGAUUACAUUGUGAAUCACAUUCCGGUUCCAGUACGGGAUUUUACAUCAGCACCUCGUUUGAUUGUUAUCCGGUCAUUCGAUGUGAACAAACCUGGUUGCGAAGUGGAUGAUCUGCAAGGUGGAGUAGCUGGAGGGAGCAUUUUGCGAGGGGUUCUAAAGGUUGGGCAAAAAAUAGAAAUUAGACCAGGUCUCGUUUCGAAAGAUUCAGAGACUGGAGGUGUUACCUGUAGACCCAUUAUUUCAUGUAUCGUGUCACUGUUCGCAGAGCAGAAUGAUCUUGCUUAUGCUGUUCCGGGAGGUUUAAUUGGAGUCGGGACGAAAAUCGAUCCACAGUUGUGUCGCGCUGAUCGUUUGGUCGGACAUGUUUUAGGACAGGUUGGUACCUUGCCUGAAAUAUAUGUGGAGUUGGAAAUAUCGUUCUUUCUUCUACGACGUUUGUUAGGUGUUCGCACAGAAGGGGACCAAAAAGGUGCUAAGGUUCAAAAGCUUUCUAAAAAUGAAGUUUUGAUGGUGAAUAUCGGGUCUCUUUCUAGUGGUGGAUGUGUUAUAGCUGUUAAAGGUGAUCUAGCUAAAAUACGACUAAAUAGUCCUGUCUGUACUCAGGUUGAUGAAAAAAUCGCACUAAGCAGGCGUGUUGAAAGACAUUGGCGUUUGAUAGGAUGGGGAGAAAUUCGACGUGGUGUCACAAUCCAACCUGUCCAGUGAAUAUCAACAAACUUCAUUUUGCAUAUGAAGAUGGAGAUCUAUACCUGUAUACGCUGAUUAUUAUCUUUUGUUGCCUUGUGUAAUUUAGGUUAUUGUCAAAACAAAUGUUUCUUAACUUGGA